ACACUUAUAUUGCAGGAAUUGUAAAGUAGUGAGAUUAGAACCUAUUCUUAAACAUGGGCCAAGAAGAGAGUAGAGGAGUGGGCGAUUCGCCCUCGGGAGGUGCAGCUCCUCUGACGCCUAGACGCACCUUCGCAAAGCUGAGCAAGCGACUCAGCUCCAACUCUUCAUUCAACUUAACUUCGUCGCCCAGCGGAUCAACUCCAGGAACCGUGACAGCAGCGACUGACUUCAGUUUCGAACCUGCACCCCCUCACCCUUCAGGCUUCACUACCCUUCAGCACCCAAAACAGGACUCAAAAGGUCACGAAGGGCCUCAAGAGGGACAACCGAGGACAACUAGGUCGAAUUCGAUCACAACUCGUGCUCCCGAGAAGCCGACUCGUACCUCGUCAAGUCUGCCACCCGAAGCAGUGCUUGCGAAUUUGUACACACAACAUGAGAGAAAUGAACAUGAAAGGCCCACUGAUCAUCAUACAACUGGUACAUCAGAUAUUUGUGAAUCUGACAAGAAUUACAAUAUUGCAGACAGUGAUAGUGUCCGAACACAGCAUCAGAAAUCAAACGAAUCUGUUUACCUUUCAACCGAAGACCUUUCGUUACAGCUGUUUCAACGAGAAAUUUAUAACGACGAUGGUUCUUACUUGCAACAAUUUGGGUCGAGAACACGUCCUGAUACUUUAGAUGCGUACAACGAUCAAGAGCGGCAAAUGAACUUAUACGACCCUAGCUUAGACCUAAUUGACCUCUGUCCUGAUUUUGAUGAACCCUUUCCAGAGCUUCCGAGACCUUCAAGUAAACAUCGACAGUCGAAGAGUCCGCAACCUCAGUCAACUUUUGGAAGUUCUUUUCAGAACCGUCAAAAAAGUUUUGAGCUUCUUAAUUGUGAUGACGAUUACCAAAACGACACGAUAACGAACGUUUCAGAUUUUUCUCAGAUUUUUGGCAGCAAGUCUAUUUUUAACAAUGAUUAUCAAAAUUCAGCUGGGACGUCUUUGCCAAUUUUUGGCUUAUACUCUACACAAAAUGCGAGCCAAGAGCAAUUAAAUACUGAUUACUCACAAGCAGAAAAGGAAUCUAAUCUUUUGCAGAUUGAAGAUGGUAACAGUUCUAUUAAUUUAUUAGAAUUUUCAAGUAGUGAGCAGUUAGACGAGCCUUCAGGAACUGCUCAUUUAGCCGAUUAUUCUCCUGGGGUAUACGACCAAUUUUCAAAUACAAUUUCGGAUCAAAACAUCGAAACCAGUUCUUCAAACAGUGUUAGCAACAGAAUUUUUGGACAAGAUUUGGAAUUAACUGAAUCUUUACUAGAUCAGGAACGCGUGCCAAAAGAUUUUCCAGAUCUGGACCGAUUGAAAAGUUCCAGAGUAGCUUCUUCAGUAUUUUCACCUUGCUCAUCGACAGACGGUAUUUACAUACUAGACAGCCUUGACCCCUUAUCUGAUUACCAAAAAGACUCGCCUCAGAGUUUGAGACGAAAAGAGAUUAGAGAUAUGAGGUAUUGUGACCAGAACGGAAAAUCGCUGGUUCCUAAAACUCCUGAAGAUUCGCUGGAUCCUCCAGAUUUUGGAGCUCAGCCAUAUUUAGCUUCAGCUGAGUUAAACUAUGAUGGAAAGCAAUCACAUGGGCUUAGCCACGCAGAGAGCUUUGAUCUUGCGGCUAUUCCAGAUUUUGUACCUGAUUUCGAUGACAAAUUACCAACUAAUCUUCCUGCACGUUUUCUUAAAAACUCAGAAAUGAAGCGAAAAACAGGAAGCUUGAAGCUGUUCGAAAUGGCAGAAGAAGAUUGUAUGAACAAUGACAGUAGUUUCGUUGAAUGUCAGAGCCAUGAUCAAGACAAAGUUUCUGUAAAAGCUGAACCUUUACCAACUUUUGAUGAAUAUAUGCUCAAUAAAACAAAUGAAAGCCAAGCCGAAAUACAGUCUGAACAAACUCAAAAACCACAUGAGGACGGAUUUAUUCACAUGACACCAGAAGCAAGUGAUAGUUUACAAACAAGCGGGUUCGCAACAAUUACCAAACCUAGGAAGAAUCAGCCAAAACAACCGUCCAAGCUGACCUUGGAGUCCGAACCUCUUCGACCUUCAGGCGAAGAAUCAGUUCCUAUUUCUGAAUUGGAAGCCAAAUCACAAAAUGACGGUAAAAGCACUUUUUUGCGCCCGAGAAAUCGAAUAUCCACAAAGCCGAACGAUGAUUCGAAAGACGAUUCAAAAGACAAUUCUAUGCAAAAAACUGAACAAAAUCAGCAGUUCCAAACUCCUACCCAUGCAAAUAGUAAGAACACAGAUGCGUUUCCAAGCGGAACUUUCGUGCGCAAGAAAAGCAACUUGAAACCUCCGACUAGCUACCGAAAAUCAUUUGAAAAAGAGACGGACAAUGAAAACAAAGUUGAGGAGCUGAAUUCUGGAAACCAAAACGCAGAAACCACUGGAACUUUCCUUAAAAAACCUAAACAGAAGAACUCCGCUAAUAGUAAAGCUACAAACGAUGCACCACAUAGAAACGUCGAGUCUAAACAAGCGCAAAAACCGGAUUCUCUGAACAUUGAAGCUGAAAAGUUGAGUCUCUGUAUCAAACAGGAUGGGAGGUUUGAGGAUGAAAGCUUCAAGUCGAAGGCUUUAAAAGAGCAAUCAUUACUGUUGGACGACACAACGUGCUUCAUUAGCGGAGUAAACAGGUGCAUGGUGGAUAUGUCGAUUGAAGCUGUAGAGACCAAAUGCGAAGAAACCGAGGAAUACAUCAGGACGAGGACAGAACUGAAAGAGAACCUAUCUUCUAUCAACGAAAUGCUGACCACAGAUGUUUGGGCGGUGGAGGAGAGCUUCUCAGAGCUGCACAAGAAAUACGAUCUAGUCAAGUUACACUACCCCCACUUCAAAAGCGCAGCGACUGAUGCAAAGAAGUACCUUGGACUCCUUCUGAAACACCUGGAGAGUGAGAGGGAAUUGAGACACAGAUUAGCCGACCAGAUUGAAGAGCAGAUGGCCAGAGGCAAAGAAUCGUCUGAUAAAAAGUGUGAGGGUCUGGAAAAGAAGAUGGCUCAACUGAAGGCAGAGAUAGAUCUGCAGAAACUUAAAAACAGCCAGCUAACAGACAAAGUCAAACAGAAGGAGCUGGAGAACUCGCAGGUGGCGAAGCUGUGUGAUGAAAUGAUUACGACACUCAACAGCUGCAAGUCUCAACCAUCAACACCUGUGUAACUGAUGUCGGUCAGAAAAUAAUCCUCAUCAACAAAUUUUGAAAACUCUUUAAAAACUCCUUAACGUUUCAAUUUUCUUUUAAUCUGAUCACCAAUAUUGAGUGGUAACUUUGGGUAUCGGUGUCUUUUUUUCGAUAAAAAUUGUGCUGCAAUAAAUUCUCAAAAGUGACAGAAAAUUUAGUUUUAGGUAAAAACAUCUAUAAAGGCCGCUUCUUCUC